AUGAAGUUUGGCUGUCUGUCCUUUGGAAAGCCUUAUGUGGGUAUUGUCUUAAAUGGUGUCAAGACCCUGGAAACGUGGUGGUGGCCCGUGCUAUGUGGCCACUGCCACUGUGCCCUGGCCAUCCACAUCGCACACUGGGACUCUGAAGACUCGGCCUGGUGGGAGAUGCUGGAGCAGAGGCUUGGGAUGAGCCCCGCCCAGACCCAGGCCUUGCUGCAGGACAGGGACAAGUUCAGCUGUGGAGUGAUCGUGGGUCUCGUGGUCAUUGGGGGCACUUUGCUGUGUCCCAAAAACCUAGAUCCUGACCAGGUGGAGGAGCUGGAGAAUCAAGGCCUGCUACCCGACCUGCAAGAGAAUGCACAGAGGUGAAGGUCGCAUCCUCCACGAUCCUCCAGAGCUUCCUGGGGAAGGACAGCCCAAAGCU